CUUUGGAUUUUAUUUCGUUUUUCUUUUCUUAUUGGUGAAAAGCCCGAGUCUAAUUCUGUUCCUGUGUCUUGCCAUUUACGUUUACAUCCAUUACAGGACGCGGUAGACCGAGGACGGACUCAGAACCGGAUGAAAGCAGCUAGGCUGCAGCAUCCAUCUCGCCUUUAUUUACAAACACGUCACGGUCCUGUCGUCCUUGUGUCGGCUGUAAGUGGCGUCAGACUCGAGUGAUGGACUGUGCUGUUCCCGUCGGAGGUCGGCGUCCAAAAGUGGGUCAGACGCCGGGGCGGUUGUGUUUCCCAGCAGCGAUAAGAGCCGCUGGAUGUUUGAUAAGAGAUCUUUAUAUAAGACUGAUGACUGCAAACGCUCUGGAGCUACUGACACCAUCCAGCCCAGCUGUUAUCCUCUGAUGACCCUUUGUCCCAUAAUGGGUCUCAUCCUGUCUGCUUGGCUGUAUGGCAAAGCAGCCCAUCCCACUCCACCUUCAUCGGCCUUCCUUCCACUUGCCGCUCCAACCUCCUCGCGCCUCACGCUGACUUUGAACUCUAGCCCAGUUUCUCCCGGAGACAGACACUCGCGCUGGAGCUCAGUCCAUCACUCUCCUCACUUCAUCCUCUCUGCCUGCAAACAGGAGGCGACACGAUCUCCUGCUGAGCUCAGCAGCGAUGGAGCGAGGGCAGAGAUGGGGGUGAGGAGUGGGCUUCAUGUGUGGGAGCUAACGUGGAGCCUCAAACACAGAGGAAGUCAUGCAGCCAUAGGGAUCUCAAGGCAGGAAUGUCCUUUGCACGACUCUGGUUAUAAAGUUCUGGUGGGAGGAGACUCACGUUCCUGGGGAUGGGAGCUUAAGACCAAUCAGCUCUGGCACGGUGGGCAAACUCUGGAGUGCUACCCAGAUAAAAGUAGAAGGUGUCGCUCUGGGGCUGCAAACAAUUUCAGACCACAAUCUUCUAAUUCACAUUCCACAAAGGAGGCAGAAGGCCCUCUUCUCAUUCCCGAGCGUGUCCUGCUGGUCCUGGAUGCAGAUGCAGGGACUCUGGGGUAUUUUGUUGAUGGAAGCUUCCUUGGCGUAGCUUUUAGGGACCUUCCUAGUGGAGUAGAACUCUUCCCAGCAAUAAGCAGUGUGAGAGGAGGAGCCAGCAUACGAUUGCGCUAUCUUAACGGCACCACAAGUAAUCCUCCAGCCCUGAUGGCUUUAUGUGGACUGUCAAUUUGUCAGCAUUUAGGACAGCAACGACAGGACCAAGCUGACAAAUUGCCUCUUCCACCUUUCCUCCAGCGUUACCUGCUUUCUUGUUUCUAAUUUUCAUGAACAUUCACGUGCAAUCAGCAUGCUUUAGCGUUUACAGCAUUAAAGCCAAAUAAGGCAUUUCUGGUUGAUUUGAUAUAAAUAUGACAUUUUCAAAAAACUAUUUCUUUAGUUGUAUCUUUUGUUUGUGAUGCAUGGUAUUUUGAUAACGUUUUGAAUGCAUUUGCAAAUUCCUUACUGUGUAAGCAAUAUGUUUCCUAAAUUUAUAAUAAAAUAUGUUUUUGCAAUUUCA